AUGAUGAAAAGAUUUUUUAUCAGAACCUUUUCAUCUAAAAGAGCUAUCAUUAUAGGGGCAGGACUUUCAGGACCACUUUCAGCUUUAUUUCUAAAGCAAGCUAACAUUGAGUCUAUAAUCUUUGAAAAAGAAAAUUUUCAGCCCGAUAAUUCUGGAAUUCCUUUAAUAAUCCCUACAAACGGUGCAAAAAUCCUUAAUCAUAUUGAUAUUUACCAUCAAAUCAAGGCAUUUAGCUUUCCUCUGAACAAAAAAAUCUAUUGGAAUUACAAAAAUAAAUUAAAAAUUAUCGAUGAAAGUGAUAAUGAAGCCAAAUACGGUGCAGAGUCCAUAAUCAUCAAAAAAAGCAGACUCCACAAAGCAAUCCUAAAUGAGCUCAAUUUACAAGGGAUAAAAAUUCAUUAUGAAAAGGAAAUUUCACAUAUAGAAAACACUGAAAAAAGUCUGAAAGUUAUUUUUAAAGAUAAUUCUGAAGUAGAAGGAGAUUUUUUAAUUGGCAGCGAUGGGACUUUCUCACAGGUGAGGAAUAUAAUUUUUCCAAAUUUCCCAUCCCCUGUAUAUGAUAAAACAGUUAGAUUUUGUGGAUUUUCUACAUGUCCAACUUCACCUAAUACUGCAGAUUAUAAUGUUUUGAUAUGUAGAGAAGGUGUUUUCAGCUUUAAAAAUACAGCCAAGGAUCAAGUUUAUUGGACAGCAACUAUACAUUCUCAUAUCUCUCCAGAGAAAAAUUUAAAUAAUAAUUAUAGAAUUUUCCCAUAGAUGGCGCUGUUUGCCCUUGAUUUGCCAAUAAGGAAAAUUUUUUGGUUUGACCAAAACCACAUGGUGCUGGUCGAACCAAAAAAAUUUUCCCAUAGGGCAAAUCAAGGGCAAGCAGCGCCAUCUAUGGGAAAAUUCUAUAUAUAUCAGCUGAUGAGUGGAAGCAUAAGCUAAUAGGGACUUUUGCGAAGGAUGCUAUUUUUAUUAAAGAUAUCAUUUUUUCAACUGUGGAUAAUAUAGGAAUUUAUCCAGUUUAUAAUCUGAGCAUGCCUGAAAAGUGAUAUGAUGGAAGAGUUUGCUUAAUUGGAGAUGCUGCUCAUAGUAUCUCACCGUUUUCACUCCAAGAAGCUUCGCUAGGAUUUGAAGAUGCCUUUUUGCUAGCUAAAUGUUUAAAAAUGAACGAAAUCUCAGAAGGCUUCCAAAAAUUCGAAGAUAUGCGCAAGCUCCGCACGAAAAAGAUAAUAACCUUUGCAGACUUAGCUUAUGCCUCAUUCAAGUCUAGAGGCCUUAAAGGUUUCCUACAGAGAGAGUUUAUCUUUCCUUAUUAUGCCAAAAGAAUUUUGCUUGAAAAUCCUCAAAUUUAUUCGUAUAACUUUGAUUUCUAA